CUCGAAAGGGAGAGAAAGAGAGAGAGAGAGAGAGAGAAGAAUAUCUCAAAAACAUUUCGCGAUUUCUUUUCUACCCAUCUCGCAGCUAAAGAUUGUUCUUCCUCUUCUUCCGUUUCUCUUCCUAGAUCCUCUGAUUCAAUUUCCCUACUCAAGCUUCAGCCAUGGCUAACGCGGCAUCGGGUAUGGCUGUGCACGAUGACUGUAAGCUUAAGUUCUUGGAGUUGAAGACCAAGAGAACUUACAGAUUCAUUGUAUAUAAGAUUGAAGAGAAGCAGAAGCAAGUCAUUGUGGAAAAGGUUGGCGAGCCAGGUCAAAGCUAUGAAGAUUUCACAGCCUGCCUUCCUGCUGAUGAAUGCCGAUAUGCGGUUUAUGAUUUUGACUUUCUGACUAAGGAGAAUGUUCAGAAGAGCAGAAUUUUCUUCAUUGCUUGGUCUCCCGACGUGUCGAAGGUAAGAAGCAAGAUGAUCUAUGCAAGCUCAAAGGACAAGUUUAGAAGAGAAUUGGAUGGCAUUCAAAUUGAGCUGCAAGCUACUGACCCAUCUGAAAUGGAUCUCGAUGUUUUUAAGAGCCGUGCGAAAUAAGAAGCGUCUUCGUUAUGAACUUCUUGUGGUGUCUGUUUUACAUUGUGAAAUGAUGUUAUUAAUUGCUGGGUUUAUGAAUGUGCUUUGAUUACAUAUUGGGUUGUUUUCUAAGUUUUGUCUUAUAGAAUUAUGUCCAUCUGGAACAAUCUUCGGUCAUUUUUCCCCCCCACCUUAUAUUCUAUGAUUUAUCGUGUGGAAUUAAUGCAAUAUCUCCUUAUGUAACGCUACAUGAUUUUGGUC